GCCUCUGUGUGGACACCAGUGAGGAGCCACCAUGGUGCUGGAGCUGUUUCUGGACCUGUACUCUCCCCCGUGCCGUGCCAUCUACAUUUUCGCCAAGAAGAAUGGUAUCCCCUUUGAGCUGCAGGCUGUGAAUCUGGCCCAGGGGGAGCAUCUGAAGCCUGAAUUCCUGAAGGUGAACCCCAUGAAGAGGGUACCUGCCCUCAGAGAUGGGGACUUUGUGCUGGCUGAAAGCGUGGCCAUUCUUUUGUACCUGAGCCGCAAGUACCAGACAGCACCGCACUGGUACCCAACUGAUCUGCAGGCUCGUGCUCGGGUAGACGAAUAUCUGGCGUGGCAGCACACCGCUAUCCAGCAACUGACUAUUAACAUCUACCUGUGUAAGGCCCUCCUGCCCUACUUCUCAGGGCAGCCUGUGGAUGCUGUGAAGCUGGAGCGGCUGAAGCAGAAGUUGAAGGUGUCCCUGCAGCACCUGGACCAGGAGGUCCUGGCAGUUAGGCCUUUUUUGACCUCUGAGCAGAUCUCUCUGGCAGAUCUGAUCACGCUCACAGAGCUGAUGCAGCCCACUGCUGUUGGCUGUGAUGUUUUCCAAGACUGGCCCCGCCUGGCAGCCUGGCGGACCCGUGUGGAGGCUGCCCUGGGUUCUGAGCUAAUCCAGGAGGCCAACAAGCUGUUACUUUCACCUCGAGACCCCAAUAUGGUGAAGCAGAAUCCCCAGGUGGCCCAGAAGCUGGCGCAGCGGAUUCAGGAGCGGAUCUCCUAAUGGGGGUGCCCAGUUCCCCUGAAUAAUGUUCUUUACUAUUAUAAAUAUGUUGGUGAGCUCUG